AUGUGUGCACAAUUAAUGUUGUUCCAGCCAUGGUCAACUUUAUUACGCAAUUGGAAAAUCCUAGCUGUUACGCAUCCUGGUUACGUGGCUUUCCUAACUUACGACGAAGUUAAGGUUCGGCUGGAAAAGUACAGUGGGAAGAAGCCCGGGAGCUACGUAUUCCGGUUGAGCUGCACUAGGCUCGGCCAGUGGGCCAUCGGCUAUGUCACCUCCGACGGGCAGAUACUCCAGACCAUACCUCACAACAAGAGUCUUUGCCAGGCACUGCUAGACGGAUACCGGGAAGGAUUCUAUCUCUACCCGGAUGGGCGGAAUAUAAAUCCGGACCUGACGUGGGCUGUCCAGCCGACGCCGGAGGAGCACAUAAAAGUUACCGCCGAACAAUACGAGCUUUAUUGCGAAAUGGGUAGUACAUUCCAGUUGUGCAAGAUUUGUGCCGAGCAUGACAAGGAUGUGAGAAUAGAGCCCUGUGGACACUUACUGUGUACGCCCUGUCUCACCGCCUGGCAGGAUUCUGAGGGCCAGGGCUGUCCCUUCUGUCGUGCGGAAAUCAAGGGCACUGAGCAAAUAGUUGUCGACCCGUUCGAUCCUCGACGAACGCACCGACCGGGAGCCCAGUCUGCCUCCGCGAGCAACGCUUCAACGCCCACGAGGGAUCUGGACCCCGACACCGAGGUAUCCGACUAG